CGACAGUCAGACCUAGCUUUGUUGGUUCAGAAAGUGAAAGAUUAUUGAGUGAUAAUUAAUGGAGGAAGAGAAAUCAGAAGGAAACAAUAAUAAUAAUAAUAAUAAUAAUAAUAUUAUCAGAAGCAUCAGUAGAAGUUUGAGCAGGGCAGCUGAAGAUCUUCUGUCCAUCGGCAGUAGUCGCAGCCAUCAUGAUCGGAGCAGCCCUCACGCCCUCGCAGACGAAGAAGCCUUACGAUGGGCGGCUUUGGAGAAGCUGCCCACUUAUAACCGUAUACGAACCACCAUCUUCAAGUCUUAUGAUAUUCUAACUGAUCAUGACCUCCAAACACCAUCUACUGAUGAUAAGUUGUUCUUGGAUGUCCGACAACUCGACUCAAAAGCUCAUCAGCGCUUCAUUGAUAACAUCUUUAAGCAUGCUGAAGAAGAUAACGGAAGAUUCUUGAGAAAGUUCAGAGAUCGCAUUGAUAAGGUUGGCCUGUCCCUUCCAACGGUAGAAGUUCGAUACAAAAACUUAACAAUAGAAGCAGAUUGCUACAUCGGUGAUAGAGCCCUCCCGUCGCUUCUGAACGCGACUCGAAAUUCUAUCGAAACACUUCUUGGUUGUAUUGGAAUCAACUUAUCUAAGAAAACCAGACUCACUAUUCUUAAACAUGUAUCUGGGAUCAUCAAACCUUCCAGAAUGGCACUGCUCUUGGGUCCGCCAUCUUCUGGGAAGACAACUCUUCUGCUAGCUUUGGCGGGAAAGCUCGACUCCAGCUUAAAGGUAGAAGGUGAGAUUACUUACAACGGCCACAAGCUAAAUGAGUUUGUACCUAGAAAAACAUCGGCCUAUAUCAGCCAGCACGAUGUUCAUGCUGGAGAAAUGACGGUCAAGGAAACCUUAGAUUUCUCAGCAAGAUGCCAAGGAACUGGGUCAAGAUUAGAAAUGCUGGAAGAGCUCGCAAGACGAGAGAAACAACUUGGGAUUUUCCCUGAAGCUGAAGUUGACCUUUUCAUGAAGGGGACUGCCAUAGAAGGAGAUGCCAGCAGUUUGAUUACUUACUACACUCUUAAGCUUUUGGGCUUGGAUAUCUGCCGUGACACAAUAGUUGGUGAUGUAAUGAGACAAGGAAUCUCCGGUGGACAAAAGAAGCGAUUAACUACAGGGGAGAUGCUUGUUGGGCCAGCAAAAACUUUGUUUAUGGAUGAGAUAUCUACGGGUCUAGAUAGCUCCACUACAUUUCAAAUAGUGAAGUGCCUGCAACAAGUUGCACACCUCACUGACUCAACAAUCUUGAUGUCCCUGUUGCAACCUGCCCCGGAGACUUUUGAUCUUUUUGAUGACAUCAUACUACUAUCAGAGGGUCAAAUCGUGUAUCAUGGACCACGAGAGAAUGUGGUUGAGUUCUUUGAGCGUUGUGGAUUCAGGUGUCCCGAAAGAAAAGGAACUUCUGACUUCUUGCAAGAGGUUACAUCUCGGAAGGAUCAAGAGCAAUACUGGCAUAAUAGAAGAGAACCAUACAGAUAUAUCCCAGUUUCUGAAUUCGUUCAGCUAUUUAAGCAAUUCCAUGUGGGCGAAAGGCUAGAGAACGAGCUUUCAAUCCCUUAUGACAAGGACCAAAGCCACAAAGCAGCUCUAGUUUUCAAGAAAUACUUGGUCUCCAAAAGGGACCUGCUCAAGGCCUCGUGGGAUAAGGAAUGGCUAUUGAUAAAGAGAAACAGUUUCAUUUACAUUUUCAAGACUGUUCAGUUCAUCAUCUUAGCUUCCACACUGAUGACAGUGUUUUUUAGGACUAGAAUGCACACGAGGAAUGAACAAGACGGUUCAAUGUAUAAUGGAGCAAUUGUAUUCAGCGUACUCCUUAACAUGUUUAACGGUCUAGCUGAAAUUUCCCUUACGGUAAUGAGGCUUCCUGUAAUCUUCAAGCAAAGAGACCUUCUGUUCCACCCACCAUGGGCUUACACUUUUCCAACCUUCCUGCUUCGUAUACCAAUAAGUUUGAUAGAGACUACCGCUUGGAUGUCUAUAGUAUAUUAUGGUAUAGGCCUUGCACCACAAGCGAGCAGAUUCUUCAAGCACUUCCUGCUGGUUUUUGUAGUUCAGAAUGCCGGAGGGGCAUAUUUUAGGGUUAUCGCAGGAGUAUGUAGGACAAUGAACAUUGCAAACACAGGUGGAACCCUUGCGCUUUUCAUCAUAUUUCUUAUGGGCGGUUUCGUUCUACCACGAACUCAAAUUCCUAGUGCGUGGGAGUGGGGUUAUUGGAUAUCACCAUUGUCAUAUGGCUAUAAAGCCUUCUCAGUAAAUGAGUUUUUGGCGCCUAGGUGGAUGAACAAAAUGAGUUCAAAUAAUGUAACUAGAUUGGGCGAAACAAUAUUAGAUAGCAUGGAUAUUCCAACCGAAGAAAGAUGGUUCUGGAUUGGUACUGCAGCUCUUGUAGGUUUUAUCGCUCUUUUCAACAUCCUUUUCACUUUCGCUCUCAUGUUUUUAGACGCCCCUGGGAAACCACAAGCAAUCAUCUCCAAAGAAGCAGCCACAGAGAUGGAAAAUACUAACCAAAACACAAGACUCGAAGAAAUUGCACCUAAAAAAGAUACAAGUCCUCGGUCAGACACUUGUAAUGUUAACGCUCCUAAGAAGGGAAUGAUUCUUCCGUUUACUCCACUCGCCAUGUCAUUUGACAGCAUGAAUUAUUUUGUUGAUAUGCCCCACGAAAUGCGAGAACAAGGAGUGACAGAAAAUAGGUUGCAGUUACUUUGUGAAGUGACCGGUGCUUUCAGGCCUGGAGUCCUGACUGCAUUGAUGGGAGUAAGUGGAGCUGGUAAAACGACACUGUUGGAUGUUUUAGCAGGGCGAAAAACUAGUGGUUAUGUUGAAGGGGAAAUUAGGAUAUCAGGAUUCCCGAAAAAACAAGAAACUUUUGCAAGAAUUUCAGGGUACUGUGAGCAAACUGAUAUUCACUCUGCUUGUAUCACGGUCAAUGAGUCUUUGAUUUACUCGGCUUUCCUUCGCCUCCCAAAAGAAGUCCGAGCUCAAGAUAAAAUGAUUUUUGUACGUGAAGUAAUGGAGCUUGUUGAGCUAGACGACCUAGCAAAUGCAAUAGUAGGACUUUCAGGAGUUAGUGGCUUGUCAACAGAACAAAGAAAGAGGCUAACAAUUGCUGUGGAACUUGUUGCAAAUCCAUCCAUCAUUUUCAUGGAUGAACCGACUUCUGGGCUUGAUGCCAGAGCAGCAGCCAUUGUCAUGAGGACCGUAAGAAACACUGUUGACACAGGGAGAACAGUUGUUUGCACCAUCCAUCAACCCAGCAUUGAUAUCUUUGAAUCCUUUGAUGAGUUAUUGCUGCUGAAAAGAGGCGGAGAAGUGAUCUAUGCAGGGCCACUCGGAAGGAAUUCUAGACACAUUAUUGACUAUUUUGAGAAAAUUCCUGGGGUUCCAAAGAUUCCAGAAAAGUACAAUCCAGCAACAUGGAUGUUGGAAGUCAGUUCAGCUGCUGUAGAGAGCCGACUUGGUAUCAAUUUUGCUGAGCACUUCAAAUCAUCAGCACUAUAUCAAAGAAACAAGGAGUUAGUAAAGGAAUUAAGCACACCGCCUCCGGGGAUGACAGAUCUUCAUUUUGGAACACAAUAUUCUCAAUCUUCAUGGGGACAAUUCAAGUCUUGUAUAUGGAAGAUGUGGUGGAGUUAUUGGAGAAAUCCUGAUUAUAACCUUGUCCGCAACAUCUUCACGUUGACUGCAGCACUCAUGAUUGGGAUAACAUUUCGAAAUAUUGGAGAAAAAAGGGAGAGUAGCAUCAAUGUGAAUACAAUCAUUGGAGCUUUAUAUUCUGGAGUAUUCUUUGUUGGUAUGAACAACUGCCAGACGGCGCAACCUGUGGUCGCUGCAGAGAGAGCUGUAUUCUAUCGAGAAAGAGCCGCUGGAAUGUACUCAACAUUACCCUAUGCCUUGUCACAGGUGUUUGUAGAAAUACCAUAUGUAUUUGUUCAAGCUACAUAUUUUAGUCUGAUAGUGUACGCCAUGGUGUCAUUCGAAUGGACAGCAACCAAAUUUAUCUGGUUCUUUUUCAUCAACUUCUGUUCAUUCCUCUAUUUCACCUAUUACGGAUUGAUGACUGUCGCCGUCACACCAAACGAUCAAGUAGCAGCCGUGCUAGCUGUUCUCUUCUACGGACUCUUCAAUUUCUUUUCGGGCUUUUUCAUCCCUAGACCUAGAAUUCCAAAGUGGUGGGUAUGGUACUACUGGAUAUGCCCAAUAGCCUGGAGUGUUUACGGGUUCAUUGUUUCGCAAUACCAUGAUGUUGAGGACACAAUCACGGUUCCUGGGAUGUCAUAUAACCCGGCUAUGAAUGUUUAUAUCAAAGAUCAUUAUGGUUUUAAAUUAGAUUUCAUGGGUCCAGUUGCCACGGUGCUAAUUAGUUUUUGUGUAUUAUUUGCUUUCAUUUAUGCCUUCUGCUUAAGAACUCUAAAUUUCCAAGUCAGAUGAACACUCAUCACAACUUGAAACUUGUUAA